CUCAACCAAAUCAAUUCAAAAUCGUGUCWCUCAUUUUUUCGAUUGGUCGGUUCUCUUGAUGUGAUGUGCCGUCGAUUUUUUUUUGUUGUUGGUCCAUACACAAAAGUACGAAUUCCAAGUCCCAGUGUUGGAAUACCAGGUACGGUACGUACUCUGUACGCACUGUACCGUAAAGAUGAUGAAUGAUGAUWGAUUUCAUUUUUUCCCACGGUACAGUCUUCGUUCUCUCCAGCCAUGGCGAGGAACAAUAAUACCAAGAAGAGGAUGUGGACACGGACGGGGACAAAAGGUCUCGUUCCCUCCAUCUAUGCGCUGGUCUUCUUUGUUGUUUCGACGGGGAAAGGGACCCGUUUCGCCAACAGCAAGGGUGCUACGAGCUCUCUCAUGGUCGAUGCAUUUGCGCAAAACUCGGCAUCAUCGAUAACGGCAUCGCCUUGGCUUCCGUCGGCGCCACUGCUGUGUUUGUCAACGAGAAUUCCUCUCGCUAGACUCGGGGGUAGAAUUGGCAAUCCCGCUCUCGCCCAGCACCCGCAGGCAACGAAUGAUGUGGUGUGUUAUUCCGAUCUCGUCGACCUUGUUUCCGGUGCCGACUAYAUGGACCCGGAGACGAAGGACCGUUUGCUGCGAUCUCUGGACGACCGCUUCGUCCACAAAGCGUCGCCAGCGGGAGGCGUCAACCCCACUAUUGAAGCGCGUAUGCAAACGCAAACCCAAAAUAUGGAACCAGAGCGUAGAACGGAGGAUGGCAUCGUUCCAACAAUCGAAGGUUCGUGGACAGACAGUGGCGAUCGGUUCCAUGCUACGGGGGCGUGGCAAUCAACCCCGUUGCUAAUGAAGGGUGCCUUUCUGGAUGAUGUCAACAUGGAACCUACAAGUAAAGAAUACCCCUUUCCAACCUGGGAAGAAGUUGCGGAGUUGGCUUGCAUUGGAGGAGGGAACAACUACRACGAAGCCCUGGGGAAUAACGACGGAGAUGAUCACGAUCUUCCUGGCCUCGAUCCCAACGGGGAAUACUUUGGGCAACUUGGAGAGGGCGAAGAUGCCGACGAUCUCGAUGCAUGGAUUGAUGAAGAUGACGAUGACGAAGAUGGCGGAGAGGCCUACUACGUAUGGGACGACGACGACGACGACGACGAAAUCAACGACGAUGUUGCUCCGUCCCGCGUCAUUCAGUAUUCGUGGCCGAGCCGGAAGGGAGAAGAUGGCGUCGAUUCCGACUACUAUCAAGCCGAUGUCAACACGAACUGGUUGGAUACAUUUGAGAUCAAACAAUUCGGACCCUUCAGUGAUCCGUCUUCUCUAGAGGCGCUGUUGAGGAUAGAAGACGGAGUAGACGAAACCGACCAAAUAACGCGAAACGCUAACGAAAACAUCGCCCGAACCCUUCUCGUCAACGACGUCGAUCGAUGGAUCCCAAAAUUGUCGGAAUGGAUGGACCGUCGUUUUAACAGCAACGGGUCUGGGGGCAGUGUUCUGCCGGCAAGAUGGAGACGCGACGAUGCCCAGAUUAGUUUGUCGUAUCCAGCGGGAGGAAUCGGUCCGCACGUCGACGACUACGAUGUCUUUUUGAUCCAGGUUGCYGGAGAGCGCACCUGGGACAUACUCUGGGCUGAUGAAGAGGAUGGCGACGAAAGGUCCGAGUCGUGUGGUGUUGCCAWUCGCGUGGGCAAAGUAUCCGUGCGAGACGAAACAGAUUCCAUCUUGCCGGAAUCGUCGAUGAACGGGGUUCGGAUCGUGAACGUUACCAAGCUGGAAGCGCUAGAAGAACAGCGUUUUGGAAGGCCGAGGACCAAGAUGACGAGGCUUUACCUGCGACCGGGAGACUGCUUGUACCUGCCACCGCGGGUUUUGCACUGUGGGACGGCGUUGAAGAGUGAAACAAACGGGGAAUGCAUGACCCUCAGCGUUGGGUGUCGUGCUCCUUCGGCGUUGGAGCUGCUCGACGGCUUGUCCGAUUUGAUGAAAAAAUCCGCUGUUGCACCGACCUCKGGGUCGAAAGCUGGAGCAGCGCCGCUGUUUCCAUCCGAUGUAUCCGUACAGAGCUUCCACAAGAGAUACACAAAUUCCGAGAUGCACCGUGGUGAACAACCGAGCGACGGUAGCAAUCCACGUGGGCGUACAUCAUCGAAAACGUCGCAUUCUCCCCUAUCAUCUUGGUUAUCACCCGUAGUAAAGGAUGAAAUGAGGGCUCUGGUGUUGGAUGCGGUUCGAAUAGCUUUGGAUGACGAUGAAAAUGUAUUGGAUCCAUUGGUCGGCAGGUUUGUGACGAGGUCGAACCGUUUGGAAGAAGACGACUUCGGUGGGGACGACAGUUCUUCGCUCCCCUCAUUUUCGUACCCGAARCCACUCCGAACGCUCGCUAACGACGGUGCCGAUGUAUGGGCAAAUGCAACCACUGCUUUAGAAGAAAUCUUCUGUGCACCGAAGAAAAAUGGGGGGUUGAGCAACUCUUUCCUUAAAAGAGCCGAGGGAAUCGCGUUUGCUUGGUCGUGCGUUUGCGACCAGAAACGACAGGUACGAAAAUACAGAUUGUAUGCCCAGGGACGACCCCCCUUUGAAGUGUUCGAAAGCUUGGAUGMUGUAGUGGUAGGUGAGAAAUGGGUAGAACCAACCACUCAGGGAUUUACGACGCUGGGAUCUUCAAUAGGGCGACUAAUUGAUCGAAUAGCUAACGGGCCACCCUUCAAUAAAUCUUUUGUCGUGGACGAGCUGAAAAUCUCCGUCGACAUCGACGAAAGGGAAACCAAAAAUUCCGUAACUUGGUUUUUGCACGCAUUAAUAGAAGAGGGUCUCCUCUACGGAGAACACUCCGGGAACGGUCCGACAGAGUCUUGAUACACCAUCGUCCGUGAUUCGUACACAUCUGGGGAACUGUCUUCUAUUUUGGGCAGAGCCAAAUAAGUAGUAGCAGUGAUACCAAUAGCAGUAGCGUUGCCAGAAGAAGAUCUUCAACAACCAGGUAUUUAAAGUCAAUGAUGACUGCGGUAGGAGGACGACUACAAAAAAUACUUAACAAUAUUUAACCUUGAGAACAGGGCCCUAGGAAAGCCAGGACCAUUGGACGAUGGUACAAUCUACAAUACUCCAAGUCACACCAGGGGUCAAUAUUCCGGUUACACUAGAGUUCAACCAGGAUACUGAUAAUGCAGCUARGUCAGAAUUUGUWGAAGAAGGUGGUAGUGGAUGGUUAAGCAAGAUAUGGAGGAGGAAAAUAGUGUUCCAGGGGCUGAGCCACUAUCGUUUGCUUCAACAAUUCUCUUUGCAGUACAUGCCAUGAACUAGCAAAUCUCUCAUGGUGCAAUAUAGGUGGCGUUUUGAAGGAGGGACAAGGUCAAACUUCCCUURAAACUUAGAGGGCACAGAUACAUCUAGCACUACCAAAUUAUGGUAGGCAUUUUUAUCAGGAAUGUAUGCAUUCUGAAGUAGAAGUACUGCUACUUUAUUUUUUUUGUAGUUGGGAACMUGCAGUAGAUUCAAAACUUUGGAAAUAAAGCAAGAAAUACACU